ACACAGAGGAAAAUGAUCCGAGGGGUCCGUUGCUGUUAUUUUUCAGUUAUUUUUGCCAGACUGUCUGUACGUGGCAACGCGAAAUCAAGAAAAAUUCUGUUCUUCUUUGUUCACCACUGGGCGCGUGUUUUAGUAGUUGCGAUUGAAGCAAGUGUUUUCCGCUGAAAAAUUUGUAAUUAUAAGUUAAAAUGAAGAAAAUCAAUUUGAGUGCAAGUUCAGUUAUUUAUGUUUCCACAAUUUUGCUGCUUAUGAUAUGUAUUUGCGAAGCUUCAAAUGCUAGAACGGAUGUUCCAUUGCAGUGCUACGUUUGUGAUGAGAAUACGUGUACAGAUGACAUGAAAAAUCUAGCUCCAAAGGAGUGUUCCGUAGAUAACUUAGAAGAGGCUAAAGUUGGUCCCAGUAAGCUUGCAGGCUUAAGUUAUAUAAAAUUCGAACGAUACGAUCAGUCAGUUCCUGUGUUUUCAUGCUUGAAAAUUGAAGCUUACAAGGCAAUCACCAAAGAAAAACAAACUGUGAGAAAAUGCCAAGUAAACUUAAACGAAACUGAAUGCAAUACCUUCUACAAUAAUGUUAAAGCAGACCCCCUAAAAACAUAUACGAAUGUAACUUGCUCUUCGUGCUAUGAUAGAAAUGGUUGUAAUAGCAGUGGUCUAAUUUAUGUUUGGGCACCACUUUUACUGUCUUCAAUUAUUCUAUGCCUCUUCAUUAAGUGAAAUAAAAAAAAACUAUACUUUAUAGUAUACAAGUAGCGUCAACGAACGAGAAUAAACAAAUAGUUUAUGCAGAUAUUUUGACAACAUUCAUUUAUAUUUAUGUCAUUGUUAUUUACAUAAAUGCUAAAAUGUAAUAGAUUUCAUUAAUUCUACCGAUUAUGUAAUUGAGUGCCAAGAACAGAAAUAGUUUAAUAAAUAAUUUUUCCCCAUUCACGUUGCUAAGUAGAAAUUGUUUUAUUCAUUGUUUCAUUUGAUUGCAUUAAACCAAUAUGAAUAACGUUCGCAAAAUUAUUUGAAUAUGUGAAAACACGAGUCUUCAA